AUGACAGUCACUUAUUCCAGCAAAGUAGCAAAUGCCACUUUCUUUGGAUUUCACAGAUUACUCCUAAAGUGGAAAGGCAGCAUCUACAAAUUGCUGUACAGAGAAUUUAUUGUUUUUGCUACUCUUUACACAGCGAUAAGUGUAUUAUACAGAUUUUUUCUUACAGGAAGCCAAAAACGGUUCUUUGAAAAAUUAUCAAUUUACUGUGACAAAUAUGCUGAACAAAUCCCAGUAACUUUUGUGCUUGGUUUCUAUGUCACGUUGGUGGUGAACCGGUGGUGGAACCAGUUUGUGAAUUUGCCAUGGCCAGACCGACUGAUGUUCUUGAUCUCCAGCUGUGUCCAGGGAAGAGACGAAUACGGCCGCUUGCUCAGGAGGACUCUAAUGCGCUACGUGAAUUUAACUUCUCUGCUGAUCUUUCGCUCCGUGAGCACAGCCGUCUACAAAAGGUUUCCCACCAUGGACCAUGUGGUGGGUGCAGGUUUUAUGACAAGAUAUGAAAGAAAAAUAUUUGAUGACCUUAAGUCUCCCCACCUAAAAUACUGGGUUCCCUUUGUCUGGUUUGGAAAUCUGGCAUCCAAGGCACGGAAGGAGGGUAGAAUUCGAGACAGUGUGGAUCUGCAGACGCUAAUGAAUGAGAUGAAUAAGUACCGGUCUUGGUGUAGCCUUUUGUUUGGCUAUGACUGGGUUGGAAUUCCACUGGUCUAUACACAGGUUGUUACUCUUGCAGUCUAUACUUUUUUCUUUGCCUGCCUGAUAGGGCGACAAUUUUUGGAUACUGACCAAGGGUAUCAGGGACAUGACUUAGAUCUUUACAUUCCAGUCUUCACACUGUUACAGUUCUUCUUCUACGCAGGAUGGCUCAAGGUCGCAGAACAACUUAUUAAUCCAUUUGGAGAAGAUGAUGAUGAUUUUGAAACUAAUUGGUGCAUCGAUCGAAACUUACAGGUCUCGCUUCUGGCGGUGGAUGAGAUGCACAUGAACUUACCGAGGAUGGAGAAAGAUAUUUACUGGAAUGACUCUUCUGCCCGGCCGCCCUACACAAAAGCAGCUGCUGAUUACUGCAUUCCAUCAUUCCUUGGAUCGACUAUUGAAAUGGGGCUGGCUGAUACCGAAUUCCUCUAUGGGGAAGAGUGGCCCUGGGAAGAGGAGAAACACCGAAGACAACACUCAGUGCUGAGAAGAGUCAAGAGAUUUCUCAGUGUCCAUGAGAGUCCUUCAUCCCCUGCUCACCGGCGCUACAAUCGGCAGACGAGUGAGAAUUCGGUGUUUUUCCCAGCAGAUGAAAAGGGGCACAUCAGAAGGCUGCAAGAAAUGCACACAAGGGGGAGACAUUCUACCUCAAGCUUCAAGAAGAAACAUGAAGGAGUUGAAAGAAGUAGCAGACUUCACAGUAGCAGAGAUCUAGGACCGAUAACUGAAACCUCAAGGAAUGAGACACAGUUCAAUGACAGUGACACCUCAUCUGAGACAAGCAAGCCAGUUCCCGAGGUCAUCAUCUCUGAAGUCAAGGAGAAAGCACCUGAUGUGCUGGGCAAACCCGCUCUGCAAACAGAGAGCACCACAGGUAUGCCAGAAGAGAAGCUCCAAAGGAGCCUAACUGAGGCAGACGUGACUCUUCUGGACCUUCCUUUCUUCCCCCCAGAAGUGACUACAUACCUCCCAGACUCUGACAUGCGUCAGUCACUUCCUAGCAUGAUAAGGGAGCCCAAACACGAACCCCAUAGUAGUAACAUAGCCGGUUUCGUAACAGAUCAUGAGGGAAACCUCCAGCGAUGGAGUUUACCAAGCUUCCACAGUCCCAGUACAAUGUCAAAUGCUGACUCUGCACCUCCCGUAACAGAUCCUGGGACAACUUCACAACAAAGGACCUUAAGUGAUGGAAAAAACGUUACUUCUGCUGCUGCUCCAGAAACAUUUGAAAUGCACCACUUACUAGGUAACCUGGAUACAAAAGAAACAGCCAUAGUAGAAUUUUCUAAUGAGAAAAGUGAAAGAAAACUUUGA